AAGCUGACAACAAUCUGGAACCCCAAAAUUAGACAACCGAUUCAAAACCUGAAUCAGAAAGAGGCUGCUUUGACGCUGGAGAAGAAAGGCGUCUUUCGGACGGAGGCUGCUGCGAAGGUGUGGCCCUGGGAGCAGGUCUGGGUCUUCGAUUGAGCAAGCUUCCUCUUUUGGAAGCUGUAAUACUAGAUAUUAGACAGCAACUUACCAGGGUGCAAUUUUGAACUGAGCCUGAGCUGCCAUAUAUUGCCCUGUCAACCACAUCCUCCGCCAUGGCCGACCAGGUCGAAACCCCUGGUCAGCUGGCCUUAGAAAGCGACCAACAUGGGCAUGAAGGCAGUCAGUACGGCAUGCAACAAAGCAUGGCCUUGGUAGCUCAGCAGUACCAGCAGCUAGCCCAUCCAGCAGCCCAACCUCAGCUCUCGCAUCAUGCUGAUGUCAGCCAAUCGCAAGGGGAUGAGCAUGGCCCCGCGCUGGGGCAGAAUUACUACAUGGGGCAGGGGAUGGGUACACAGGCAAUGGAGAACGUUGCUGUUGUUGCGGGGAUUCCUAGCAAUGAACCAAUGGCAUUGCAGGUGUCUGUUCCAGCAAAGUAUGUCUGCAGCUGUGGGUGCCUGCAGAAGAGGUAUCUGGCUCAUCCAGAAGAGCUGGAGGCUUUGGAAGCAGAGAUGGAAUCCAUCCGAGCUGCGGAGAAGCCGGCUAAGAAGAGGAAGAAAAAUGAGAAGAUGGCUGAGGGGGAGAGGAAGACUCGGUACGGGCGGGCAUUUGAGGAAUUCGCCCAACAAUGGUGCAGAGCAAACAUGAAGGUGCUGCGAGGGCCGCUUGCUGAUGGGGAGGACGCUCCUUCAUACUGCGUCAAAGCAGCUGUGAACCUCUUAGGUGUGUCCCUGGGUUACUUCUACGCCCGAAGUCGACGUAGUCACAAGGGCCGGCUGGAGGAGUGGUCGGAGACAAUGAUGAAGAACCACGAGCUGGAGCAUCUGCACCCCAUGAAGUAUGGCAGGAUAGCGGACCGGGAGCUCAUAGAGGUUAAGGAUUGCUGCAAGGGCCACCAGCUGCGGUGCAUGAAGGGCGACACGGCGUUCAAGACGCAGAGCCUGCUGGACGUCACCUGCUGCUCAGACUCCGCGCGGAAUAGCAACAUCUGCCGCCUCAAGGAGCUGCUCAAGGAGUCCCCCGGACUGGUGCAGGACUGGCACGACGACUAUCAUGUGCGGCACGGCGAGAACGGGAAGACGCGGGACGUACAGAGGGCGAUCUUAGCGGAGGUCCUCCACGAGAAGAUCUGCCGCAAGGGCAUUCGCAUGCUGCUGAACUGCCGCGUCAGCAAUUCCCGGUUCAAGGAGGUCAAGCUGAUUAUGAAAGAACACGGGGGCAGCUACAGGAUAUUCAGAAAAUGAAGCAUGAUGCACACUGACAGCCCGUUACUGUAUUCAGAACUUUCAGUAUGACGUCGGUCUAUUCUUCUGGGUCUUUGAAGCUGCUGAAGUUUUAGGCGAUCAAGCAAAGCUUGCCCUCCAUGAUUGUCACCAUAGGAACUGCAGCAGAUUCAUGCUUCGCAGCAAGGCGAAGCAGGUCAAAUUGUAUACAAUAGGUAAUGACAGUCACGGUCGAUUAUAAAGUGCCAUACGCGCUUCGUGUUUGUGAAUCGCCAUUCGAUCCUGCCUAGAUCAUGCCGUG